AUGCCAGCUCGUUAUAUUGAUGUACCUAAAGCCGUUACUGGUGGCGGUAAAGUUGUUGUCGAUUUAAAAGGAAAUAUUAAUUACAAUGAAGAUACAAUCAAAAGAUUAAAUGAACAAUCAAUUCCCUAUUUACCUGCUUGGAAUAAGAAUGAGAAAUAUGAACCAUAUGAAUUUGUUGAAUAUCAUGAUCCUGCUUUAAGAGCUGACAAAUCAUUACCAAAUUUAUUCCCAACUGAUUCUAAGUAUGAAGUUUCUAAUAUUUCACCAAAAUUAGGUACUGAAAUUAAAGGUAUUCAAUUAUCACAAUUAAAUGCUGCUGCUAAAGAUGAAUUAGCAUUGUUAGCUGCUCAAAGAGAAGUUUUAGUUUUCAGAGAUCAAGAUUUUAUUAGUAAAGGUCCAGAGUAUGUUACUGAUUAUGUUCGUCAUUAUGGUGAAUUACAUAUUCAUCCAACUUCAGGUGCUCCAAAGAAUUAUCCUGAUAUACAUUCAGUUUUAACAGGUAAUACGGAUGAAGAUCCAUUUCAAAAAAGAACUAAUUUAGUUGCUUAUCAUUCUGAUGUUUCAUAUGAAUUAAAUCCAACAGCAGUUAGUUUCCUUGCAGUUACAAAUAGUCCUAAAGAAGGUGGUGGUGAUACAGUCUUUUCAGAUAAUAUUGAAGCUUAUAAGAGAUUGUCACCAUUAUUUAGAGAAAAACUUGAUAAUUUAUAUGCUAUUCAUAGUGCAGUUGAUCAAGCUAAUUUAUCAGUAUCUCGAGGUGGAGUUGUUAAACGUUUACCAGUCGAAAGUAAGCAUCCCAUUAUUAGAAGCCAUGUUGCAACUGGUCAGAAAAUUUUAUAUGUUAAUAAAGGUUUUACUAGGAGAAUUGAAGGUUUAAAAAUUGAAGAAUCUGAUUACUUACUUAACUUUUUGUACGAUCAUGUUACCAAAGGUCUUGAUUUUCAAAUUAGAGUCAAUUGGAAACCAAAUACAGUGGUUGUAUUUGAUAAUAGAAUUGUAAGUCAUAGCGCUAUAUUGGAUUUUAAUUCAAGUGAUGAAAAUGCUAGAUUAAUCGUUAGAAUAGCGGCUAAGGGAGAACGUCCUGUCCAUGAUUUAGAAGAUUUGAAUAAACCUGAUAAGAGUAUAGUUUACGAAGGUCCUGAAUAUUUAGGAAAACGAUUAGAGAAGUUAAAUAUUUAA